AUAUCAAGAAAAUCAAUAUGAGCAUUUAUGAAUGCUGCCAAGUGCGUAUUGCCAAACGCCAAAAAUUAUAUAUAUUCUUUCUUUUCCGGUUCCUAGUAGUUCCCAUUCAUAUCCUAGAUUUCCAUGGGGUGCUUGACCUGUCUGUAGAACAUUGCGUUUGCAGAGUUUUGAUAAAAUUCACCUUUGAGCUUCUUAACUCCAUAUAAAAGGGAACCUCAUGUCAGAGCGUCUCCUUCUAGUAUAAGCUAGCAUUUUGAUCAUGGCAAAAUCCUUUUAUGUUUCCUGCGUGCUAUCUCUCGGGCUGUUACUGGCCAUCGUACAGGAGACAGAGGCACAAGUAGGAGUGUGCUAUGGAAUGCUCGGGGACAACCUACCGUCACCUCAAGAAGUCAUCGGCCUCUGCAAGAAGUACAAUAUCCAAAGGAUGAGACUCUACGACCCCAUCCAAGCAGCCCUCCAAGCCCUCCGAGGGACCAACAUCGAGGUCAUGCUCGGUGUCCCCAACUCAGAUCUCCAGAGGCUCGCUAGCAACCAGUCCAAUGCCAACAAGUGGGUCCAGAACAAUGUCCUGAACUACCGUGAUGUAAAAUUCAGGUACAUCGUGGUCGGGAAUGAGGUGGUAGCUGCCAACUAUGUUGCCCAGUUCCUCGUGCCUGCAAUGCAGAACGUCCAAAACGCGAUUGCCAACGCAGGCAAGGCGGGCCAGAUUAAGGUCUCCACAUCUAUCUCCUUAGCCAUGAUAGGAGAGUCCUACCCUCCUUCAAUGGGCUCGUUCAAAGGCGCGGAAGGGCCAGUCAUCGACCCGAUAAUCCACCUCUUGCUCAAAAACCAGGCGCCUUUGUUAGUCAACAUCUAUCCUUAUUUCGUCUACGCGGCCAGCACACCGAGCACGAGCCUAGACUAUGCCCUAUUCACGGCAAAGUCUGUCAUAAUUAAUGAUGGUCCCCUCGAGUACCAAAAUCUUUUCGAUGCAAUGUUGGACACGGUCUAUUCCGCGCUCGAGAGGAAGAAUGCAGGGUCCCUUAGAGUCGUGGUGUCCGAGAGCGGCUGGCCUUCCAAUGGAGGUGUCGAGGCCUCGGUGGGUAAUGCAAGGACCUACAACACGAACCUGGUCCAGCACAUGAAGGGCGGGACCCCAAAGAGGCCAGGCGGGCCUAUUGAGACCUACAUAUUUGCAAUGUUCGAUGAGAAUCAGAGGAUCCCUGAGCUUGAGAAGUCCUGGGGGCUUUUCCUCCCAAACAGGCAGCCCAAAUACCCAAUCUUUGGUACGACGGAUGAAUGUUCCGGUAAGAUGGAAUGGUAUGGAGUGAAAAGCAAUCGACAUUUUCCCUUCUACUCAAAUUCAUUAUUUGGUUGCACUUGUAAUGGUUGAAAUUCAUUUCAUUUUUCAUCAACUUGAUGGAAUAUUGACAGAA